CAUAUUGUUAUUGUUUUGGUAGAGAGGUGUUCGCGAACACAAAGUGUAGUAUUGUCAGUGUGUGGGGUUUUAACAUUGCCUGAAGUGAAUUGUUUGUUCCAUGUUCAUGUUUUUCUCAUGUAAAGUCAUGCUUGGAUUUUCGAAUAUGUUUUAAUGGAAUUAAAACGUUUAUUCAAUGAUUUUAAACCGUUUACCGGUGUAAUUUUAGUCUAAUUCACUGCGGAAUUUCAUUCAGGCGAUUUCUUUUGUCGCCUGGCCCAUUCCCGAUCAGCUGGUCUGACACAUCAACCAAGGAACCGACGAAGGAAGGCCUCGAGCUUGGUUGGCCUACCUACGCUUCUUUGUUCUCUGUUGAAACAAAUUUGAUUUUAAAUAUAUACAGAUACAUCUUGAGAUGGAGUUUAUGUUUGAUUGGGAAGAUGGCGACCGGUUUUCUUUUGAGGAUAGUGACCGUUUUGAAGAGGACUCGCUUUGUUCUUGGUUGAGUGAAACAGAAAGUAUAUGCAACAACUGGCGAGGUUGGAAGAAAGGUGCAACCGGGGGAUCACCCACUACAUCUCAGCCAGCGGCAGCUCCAUCCGAAACCUGUGAUGAAGUGCUUCCAUUGGUUGAACUCGCUGCCAGGACGGUAGCCUUCCACAUUCCAUUUGAGGUAGUAGAGAAUGUCUAUCCACCUGUUCCGGAAAACUUACAGCUUCGUAUCUCAUUCUGGAGCUUCCCUGAAAAUGAAGAUGAUAUACGAUUGUAUUCCUGCUUAGCUAAUGGAAGCCCAGAAGAAUUUCAGAAGGGUGAGCUUUUGCUGAAGAAUAAAGCUGUGAAGGAAGUCCUACAAAUCGGUUUUCACCUCAGCGGAACCAUUGGUCCUUCAUCAGCACUAUCAAUGAAAGAUACUUUUAACGUGGCAAUAACAUUUUACAAACGAUGCAUAACAACAUGCAGUUGCACCUGCACGUUAACUGGCAAGUGGUGCUCGCACGUCGUUGCGCUGUGUUUGUAUCGUAUAAUCAACGCUGAAAAUGUCUGUCUACGUGCACCGGUCUCAGAAUCGUUAUCGCGUCUCCACCGCGACCAACUUCAAAAGUUUGCACAGUAUUUAAUCAGCGAACUACCGCAACAGAUUCUACCUACAGCUCAGCGAUUACUAGACGAAUUAUUAUCCUCUCAAGCGAAUACUAUUAACACAGUGCGUGGUGCCCCGGAUCCUACCGCGGGACCCCCUGCCACUGAGUCCAGCCAAUGGUAUCUUGACGAUAGCCUGUUACAUGAGAACAUCAAGAAGACGUUAUUACGCUUUUGCGGACCUGGUCCACUUGUAUUUAGUGAUGUAAAUUCUCUAUACCUAUCAAAUCCAGCCCCUGCUGCCUCAGCGGAGUGGACCAAUUUAUUACGACCCUUGAGGGGGCGCGAGCCAGAGGGAGUCUGGAAUCUACUCUCAAUUAUUCGUGAAUUGUUCAGAAGACGUGAUAGUAAUGCGAUCUUUCUAUUGAAAAUACUCACUGAAGAAUGCAUCUCGUGUGAACAAGUUGUUGUAUGGUGGUUCAGUAUACGAACAUCAGCUAUUCACUCUCAUCAUGGUAACCAUGGACACCGUGCUCAUAAUAACAACAGCUCGUCGAUGCAGAACCAGCAUUCAUGCGCCAGUAUGUGCGAUGAGAUUGUCACUCUUUGGCGUUAUGCCGCAUUAAAUCCUGCUAACUCACCUGCGCAGCGUAAAGAACUUGAUUCAGAGUUUCGUAAAUGGCAUUUGCAGGUUAUUGAAAGUUCAAAGAAAGGUCGGCGAGUCGGAGGAGGUGGGGCAAAUGUGCGUAAAGUUGACAUGGACGUUUUUGCUGGAUUUAAACCAGCUAUAGAGGCAUGCCUUCAAGAUUGGAACGACUUUCCUAUUGAAGGUGUGACAUACUCAGAACGUAGGUCAGAAGAGGAUGUUUGCAAUGAGACUGAUAAACAUCCAUUAGAGGCCUCUCCAGAAUGUUCAUACCUUAUGAAAGACUCCGAUUCCUUGCAUUCCAAUGAUACAAAGCACGCGGCAAAAUUAUCUCAGAAUCGCCAGAAAUCUGAAGAAUGCGACUCAGACUUUAUUGCUGUUGACAGUUCCGAUUCACGUGGCGAUGAAACGGAAAACAUUUCGCAGUCAGUUGGAGUAUCGCAUGAUUUGGAGGGUGAUGAUGAGUCGGAAUCCGCAAACGAAGACCACGGUGCCCGACGGAAGAACAAAAGUAAACAUUCAGAUAAAAACUCUCCAGAGAAGAAUUUAGGAAUUAAACAAAAAAAUGAUGCAGACUCUGAUGGUUCUAAUGAUCGAGUCGAGGCAUCUAACUUGGCAGUCGCUGCUGCAUUAAAUGCAGAUCCUAAGGAUGCUGCUGCAGCAACUGCAGCAGGUGCUGCAGCAGCUGCAGCCCCAGAGGGAAAAAAAGUGGCUGAGGAAUUAAAUGUGUACUUUUACGAUACAAAGUCAAAGGUUCAAGAAUCUCCAAAGAAGAAAAAAGAUGAAGUUUGCAAUCCAUUUAACAAUGUGAAAAAAAUCGAAGAUAAGAUGCAGAUACAGUUUAAUCACGCAGAGGCUCUGUAUGUACACGGCCAUUCAUGGUACGCGUAUCACCUAGCUAUCCAGCUGGCCGAGGAGAUGAUUGUGAACCCGCCAAAGCUCGACACAGAGGUACCCACUGGAUUAUCCAAUAAGGGAAAGAAGCGUUACCUUCACCAACAGAGCACUUUAGCAAGCCAACUGCUCUCCAAGAUCAGCUUUCUAUGCAGUGUUCUUGCUGAACAACCUGAGUGCCACAACUUAGCAUUUAAGAUUGGCUUACUGGGCUUACAAAUCACAAGACAACCAGCUUCUACUAAAGGACUUGAGGUGAAAUUAGCGAACCAAGAAUCCGAACUGGUUGUACUCUUAAAACGAGUUCCCCUUGGUGCUCCGGAAAUGGAGCAGUUACGUGAGCUCUCAGAGCAAAUGCGAAACUGGUCGUUGCAGAAACACGGAGAAGGGGUUCUUCCACUAAUGCUGGCAGGGUACAUAUUCGAGGCAAUGUGUUUAACAUCAACUGCAUCUUCAUCAAGAUCGCCAUCGAAAUCAAUCCUGACAACUGAGCAUCGGCAGGGAGAUGAGGUUCUAGGAUUUGAGGCUGCAGUGUCGGCGCUUGCGAUGAAGAGCAAUGUGUCUGAAGCAGCUCACCCCCUGCUCUGUGAGGGCACUCGUCGACAACGAGGGGACUUAGCCUUGUCUAUGUUGAUGCACUACAGGGAUGACCAAACACCGCUCAGACGGAUAUUAGAUGCAUUUUUAGAUAAGCAACAUUUGGGUCCAGCUCAAAAGGUUGUACAGUGUAUUCCAAGCUCAAUAGCUCCAAACAAACCCUCAUUCCUAUCCACGGCAUCAAGGCCGACAAUUAACGAGGCUUCGAGAAGGGACCAGAAUCACCGGAACAACGCAGCAUUAAGUCCGGAUAGUAGAAAUCCAAGCACACAUGAACAGAGGAAAGGCAGUCAGACAGGCGAUAAUAAAGGCCGGACUGGAAAACAGAGUAGUGAACGGCUUAAGGGAGGCGCUCGAGCUAGGCUAUCCGAUUGUGAUGGUGCAGAUGAAGGAAGAGGGGCAAGCCCAAGGGCUAGCCCGGAAGAGGAACACAUACAAGGCAUGUUACCACAAGAAAACUCCAGGAAAGGUGCUCCUAUGGUGACAGGCUGGGAGGAAGAAGCAAGUGGAGCUAAUGUCGGUGUACCACUUCAGGUGAACAGUAACCAAUCAAAAUGGGACAGGAUCUUUGGAAGACAAACCAAGCGAAGUCGAGAAAUGGCAAGUAUAGACAGCAGUGCUCCAGAGACGACUUCCAGUGAUAACUCGCCUGCCUUAGGCCGGAGGUUUCCACCACCUGGAGGUUGGGGAAGACAUCAAGGGCCUGGCAGUGACAGUGGUAGUAGUGGAAAUUCCAGUGAUUCCCUCAGCUCUAGCAGUUCGUGGGACAAACCACCAACAUCCAUGCCAAAUGAAGCAAAAGAAAUAGAAGGUGCAAUAGGUGGAGUAGCAGCUCUCAGGGUAGGGCCAUGCGUAGCCUCUGAGAUGAAUGAAUCUAGAAGCUCGACUCCUAGUCCACGUAAUGGACGUAGAUUUCGUGGCAAAAACCGAGUAUAUUGUCCAUCAAUACCAAAUCAACCAAGCGAGGCAUCCGCUCAUUUUUACCUUGAGCUAGCCAAGACGAUAGUGACAAAAGCUGGAGGGAAUUCCAGUCCAACACACUUCACUCAGAACCCAGCAAACAACAACCAGUCUGGACCGCAUCGUGGACUCUUGCUAACAGCCUUUGAGGUCGGGUUCUACGCGCUUAGCCUUUACAAUGCCGUCUCACCAAACUGGCUGACGCGGACAUAUUCUGCUUACGAGUCUUUUAUCAGAAGUCAAGCAUUAGAGUUGGGUAGUGGCGGUAUCAACAUUCUUGUCAAUUACUGGGAAGGACACUUGACCCCUGCAGAAGCUGCGGCAAUAGCUGAUCGUGCAUCGCGUUGUCGAGAUCCCCAGAUGGUCCAGGCUGCUGCUGAGCUAGCUCUAUCGUGUCUGUCACAUGCCCACGCUUUAAAUCCCUCGGAUGUCAACAGGGCCUUGCUUCAGUGUAAGGAACAGGAUGUCAACAUGUUGAGUAAAGCAUGUUUAGCAGUAGAGAAUGCUGCCAAAGGAGGCGAUGUCUACCCCGACGUGCUCUUCACUGUUGGUAAACACUGGGAGUGGCUUCACAACCAAACACAGCAUCACCGUGAUGACGAAGCUAGCUCUCCGCCCGAGGAUAACAUGGUGGCAGCGGCAGCGGUAGCCGCACAUGGGAUGCACCCUCCGAUACCGCCAUACAAUGAACCCGUCAUUCCUAUUCCAGUAUCGUUGUACCAUACCUAUCCUGUACAGUACGGACCUAGGCCAACACAUCCUCCUCAUCCACCUUACCAUCCAGCUAGACCGGGCUUCAUUCCCCACAACCAGCCUCCUACAUCCCAAGCUAUGCCAGGCUGGGGUGUCCCUGCUUAUCCGCCAUGCUCCAAUCCGUACGUAGCUAUUCCUAGUGGAUUUGCAUCAAGAGCAAUGGUCGGCCCGAACCCAAACCUUCACCAGUACGUUGGUGGUGCACCACCUGUUCCCGCUAUGCUUCCAGCUCCUGGAAGGGUAGCGAGAGGUGGGUCGCCAGCUUUGGUCCCUGCACCUGUUGUUCCACAUCAGAGCCAAUACUACCUUCUUCAUACAUAUCGUGUAGGUAUGCUGGCAAUGGAUACCCUAGCAAGGCGUGUUCACGAUGAACGUUACCAGUCACGAUUCUCCCGGAAUCCUCCGUAUGGUGAGGACGUGAAGUGGCUUCUUGGUAUAGCCAAAAAACUAGGUGCAUCACAUGUUCAACAAUACUGUUUCAGUGUUCCAAAUAUAAUCUUCAGUCCGUAUGUACUACAAGAGAUUGUAACUGAGGCGGCUCAGUUCCUCUCGAAUGUCCAUCACACGCCGUUACAGAACACGCUACGAUCACCGACGCUAACACACAUUAUCCAGAAAUGCCAGCAGAUGUACAUGCAAUGCAUUCAUCAACGUAUGAACAACAUGAGCCAACACGAAUACGAGGAGGUUCUCACAAUCAUGCGCAACGCACAGAGUGCGUUCCUUAUGUCGCCAUGCGGGGCGAACCAGUUCCAAGAUUUUCUUAACAAUUUGCAUCGUAUGAAACCAGGUAAACGAGAGUUUUUGACGCGGAUAAUAUCUAGUUUGUCGUUUGGUAACAUCUAUGAACACACAUUAUCAAACCGUUGAUGACAAAUUACUGAAACUUACUACUGGCUGAAUUUUAAAAUUUUUUCUACAAAAAUACGACAUCUUAAACAAACUGAUACUGUUGACUUCCCAAAAGGUGCGCAAGGAAUCUAAUUUGGUGCAUCAACCAAGGUUGUCCACACCCAGUUGCUUCAGGCUUAAGCAAUUUGAUUCUGGUAUAGGGUAAGGAAAAUCAUUAAUGCGUGACUAACUGGUGGCGCCAGAGGUUCCUCAACGAGGAGGUCAAAGUCCUGCACAGUCUCCAGACCCACCUUAGUCCCAUCGUGGUUGGAGCUGAUAUCAGUGAAUUUAAAGUAUAGAUGCCUCAACAUGCCUGGAAAUGGAAAUUUUUGACUCUGAAAAUUUUAUUUUCAGACCAGUGUUCUGGACGAUCCCCAGACCCCCACUGGUGCCGCCAUUGUGACUGACUCACUGGCGUAAGCUAGUGUGGGGUCCGUGAGUGUACAGUAUUUAAAACUUUCCCAAGCUAAUCUUCUGUUACAUUAGCGUAGCAGUUUGAACACACUUAAUUCGAUCAUCCUCUGCUUACAGUUACCUCAUCAUUUGUAUUUAAGUUUCAGUGGAAUAUAGGGGGUAACAUGGUUACCCCCUUCCAUCUAUCCUCCCAAGUAAUCAGAUGGUUCAAUUAAGUACAGUAAAAGCCAUACCCUUGAUGCAAAUCAUAAUAUAUUAGAAAUGUAUGUAUAACAUGUUUGAAUCCACUAGUAAAAGUUAAGAAAAAUAAUCAGUACUAUGGUUAGGAAUGAACCCCAACAGAUAAACUUGUAUUUUGAGACUGAGUUGUAUUAACUGCUGUAUUAAAAAAAAAAUUCUUCCCUUCUACUCCUAAAAACUAAAUACAUGUUCCACGUUAUCUAGCAUCUGUGUACUAUAUUAGUGCCAUUAAUUAAAGGAACACGCCCUGUAAAUUUAAUACACUGACUGCUGAUAUCUAUGAAUAUUCAUAUUAUAAUUUGCCUGCCCGUGUAUCUUAUUGUGGAUUGUAAAUUAAAUAAUAUGGUGAUGUCUCAAGUCAGCAUCAUUCUAAAAUUAUUUUAGAAUGGUUAGUUGGAAGUAAAGUACAGUAUAUUCAUGUGCAUUACGGCAGUCAAUGUGUUGAAAAUGGGAACAAAAAUUGUUGUUCUCUGUUCCCUGUGAAGAAUAGUAUUACAGUAUUGAUUUUAUCAACUCCCUCAUCACCUCUAUAUAGUAGGCCUUGAAUUUAGAAGUCAUCGUAUUGGUCAACCAAGACAUUCAAAAUGACAUGUCAUUUUAUAUGACAAGUAUCGUUCAUUGUUACUCAACUAUUUUAAGCAUAUUUUAUUGUUUUCUUUAAAAAAAAUUAUACCAAAUUGAAGGAUUGAAUUUCUUGUACAUAACCCUACCACUAUUUAUUAUAAAUCGUUUAUGUUUGUUGUGAAUUUGUCUUACGUCGUUUUUGACUUAUAUAGGUAGAGUUUUAUAGUCUAACAAUUUAAGAAUUGCAGGUUGUCUUGUUAAGUAUUUUUUUGUACUAUUUUACCGAUGAAAACCCAUUAAAUUUUUGGGUGAAAAAGAAUGCAUGAUCAUUUGGAAAUACAUAAGUAUGAACCUACUUGAUUAGCUCCAUGUUAAGUACAGAAUACUGCACUUAACUGUUUUUUGACAUAGUGUGAACUUUUCUCUUUAAUCAUUUCCACUGAUUAUUAAGAGGCUAUAGAUAUCAACAACCAUAAAAUGUUGUCAAAAUACAUAUGUUUUGACAAUACAAACAUUUAGAGUUAUAAGUAUAAUAGAGUGCUAACUAGUCGAGAUGCCUAAAAUCACCUGUACAUCAGAAAUCGCUGCACAACUGCGUCGUAUUACGGCAAUAUUGUUCAUUGGGCUUUUAUUAGAAGGUUGAGCCUUGUUAUGUAUGUAGUUUGGCGCAAUUCAAAUUUGAGGUCAAAGGUUUUGAACCUUCGCUGUGCAUUACGCUUGUGUUGAUUUCAAGUCACUUUACCUACGAUUGUCUCCCUCCACCCAGGUGUAUAAGCAGGUACCUGGUAACCUUGUAUGACAAUGCACUGUUUACUAUUAAGCAAUUGAAAUAGUUGAAUAUAAUACACUAGUGGACAUUUAUUAUAUGAAGAUCAGA